GUGAGGAUCAGGCGCGCGGGCGCCGGUAGGCGGCCGUUCCCAUAGCGCCGCCCUUCCCCCUCCCCUCCCUCUGCCGCCGCCUGCGGCCCUGCGCGGCCCCUCCAAGAUGGAGGGCUGGCGAGGAGCUUGGUAUGUGCCAUGUCUGGCUUCACGUGAGACCCUCCAAGAAUUAUGUAGGAAGGAAAAUCUGAUAUGUAAAUCCAUUGGAAUCACCAACAAGAGUCUAAAGACUUAUGAGGUGGAAUAUUUGUGUGACUACAAGGUAGAAGAGGGCAAAGAAUACUAUCUUGUGAAAUGGAAAGGAUGGCCAGAGUCUUCAAAUACUUGGGAACCUCAGAAAAAUCUGAAAUGCCCAAAACUUCUUGAAAACUUUCUUAGUGACAAGGAUGAAUAUUUAUCUCGGAUGAAAGGAGGCAGAGCCCUGAAAGUGAGAAACAGUGUUAAAGCUUUGAAACCUGCCGUUGCAGAUUACAUUGUAAAGAAGGCUAAACAAAGAAUAGCUCUGCAGAGAUGGAAAGAAGAACUCAACAGGAAAAAGAAUCAUAGAGGAAUGAUUCUGGUAGAAAACACUGUGGAUCUUGAAGGUCCUCCUAUAGACUUCUAUUACAUUAAUGAGUAUAAACCUGCUCCGGGAAUAAAUGUAAUAAAUGGAAUAACAACUGGCUGUGAAUGCUCAGACUGCCCUGCUGAGAAGUGCUGUCCAAAGGAAGCUGGUUUUAUUUUGGCUUACAAUAAACGAAGGAAGCUGAAAAUCCAGCCUGGCUUGCCCAUCUAUGAAUGCAAUUCAUUUUGCAGGUGUGGCCCUGACUGCCCUAAUAGAAUAGUACAGAAAGGUACCCAGUAUUCUCUUUGCAUCUUCAGAACUAACAACGGCCGAGGUUGGGGAGUGAAAACCCUCCAGAAAAUUAAUACCAACAGUUUUGUGAUGGAGUAUGUUGGAGAGGUGAUUACAAGUGAGGAAGCAGAGAGACGAGGCCAGUUCUAUGACAACCAGGGAAAUACGUACUUGUUUGACUUGGACUAUGACUCAGAUGAGUUUACAGUAGAUGCAGCUCGAUAUGGAAACGUGUCCCACUUUGUGAAUCACAGUUGUGAUCCAAAUCUUCAAGUCUUCAAUGUAUUUAUCGAUAACCUUGACCUGCGUCUUCCUCGAAUAGCACUGUUUUCCACAAGAACCAUUAAGGCUGGAGAGGAGCUGACCUUUGACUACCAGAUGAAAGGUCAGGCAUUGCAUCUCACUAGAUGUCCCUCACUGACAGCGCACAACCAGAAGCUUUGUGUGCACCUCUAGUGCAUUACUUCCUUCAGCACUCCAGGUUCAAAUCAAGAGGUUGUGUUGGAACCUCUGACAAGGUAGCUUGCUUUAAAGAUCGGUCGCAGGACUGCUCAGAAUCAUGGUCAGGACAAAAAACAUAUUUAAGCUUCUUUUUCUUGAAGCUCUCAUUUCAGGUAAACCGCUAGAGAAUCUCCUUAGAAGCAACUGCUGAGUGAUGUAAGGUACCGUAGGUGCAUAUAGUGAUUGUUAUGCAGAGACUUUGGGAAGAAAUGUUCUUGGUAAAAUGUUACCAGUUUCUAUGAUAAUCGACUUUCCAUUCAAGAAUUCUAUUUUCUUUUUCUUCCUUUCCCCAGUACAGUAUAAGAUGUUUGAACCUGGUUGGCAGUGGUGUUCUCUGUGUCAAACUGUGCAUGCUUGUAAACCACUAAACCACAUCAUAUUGUUUUCCCAGCUAAUUCAUUUCCAAAGAAGUAUCUUUAUGCUCCAGAGCUGAACCAUGUUCUUGCCGAAGCUCUCUUUCAAUACUGACCAAGUUCCCUUAUUGAAAUCUCUUUAAACCUCCCCCUUUUUUUUGUGAUGCUUGUGAUGCUGAUGUUCAAGGCAGACUGUGGUCUCAGCUGACCAACAUGCCUAUAGGCUUGAGCUCAUCGAGCUUUGGAUGCUGACAUGUGUGACAAGUGUUGGAUAAGCAGUUGUAAUGUGGGUGUUGGUAGAAUUCAGCAUAGCUUCACACACAAUUCCUUCAAGAGCUGGGGUGGCAGAAAGCUUUUUGAAGCCGUUUGUCUUGAAUUCCGAGCGCAAUUUCAGUCUUUCCAUUCAAAUGUUCUUAUUUGUGUCUAUCUGUGUUACAGGUUCAAUAGAUCUGACUUCAGAUUCUGCUGAUGGUCUGAGCUCAUCCAGAAAGAGGAUCAGAACAGUGUGUAAAUGCGGAGCUGUGUGCUGCAGAGGUUAUCUCAACUGAGUUUGAGUACCCAAAGUCACAAAUACUUGGUUCUCUUCUCUAAGAGUUUUAAGGAGACUCUUCUUUCAUACAUAUAUUAUUCUUACAGCUUAUGUAAAGAAAUACAAUGAAAGCAAGAUGCAAUGUUUGUAAUUAAAAUGGCAUUGGCCAAAGAAAGAGGUCUAGUGUUUCAGGUUGAAACUGAUAACGUGGAUUAAAAUUUAAUUUUUUUAUCAUUGUUAUUUAGGAAGCAGUAAAGUAUAUGGUAAGAAAACUCUUGAAAAUGUAUCUUGAUUUGGAUUUUAAAUGUAAGCUCACAGCGGUAGGUCUUUUAGGAGCUGAUUUCAGUGGGAUAAAGUGGUGUUGCGUAUGUACCUUGGAAAGAAGGUAAUAGAAGGCAUUCAAUUUGAGUCCUAGGUCAUAGCAGACUGUAGGAUCCCUUUUAUUUGUUUCUUGGGGUUUCUUUUAGUGGUGGUGCAUAAAAGAAAGGCUCAGAGAGAGAGAGAGUAGCAAUAACAGUUACAGCACCACGAUGAGAGGCAUCGGACCAGGUCUAAAAGGCAGCUCAGAGGAAUGCAGAUUGUAAAAGCUCCAUUGAAUUCCACACGAGUUAAGUCAUCGGGAUUAGUUGAGUCUGGGGGUCUUAAACAUCUUUAGCUGGUGUUGUGUUGUUUAGAAGUUUUACGAAUAAAAUUUCUUUAAUCGUUGCAUUCUGACUUUUAGUUCAGAUUCUGUAGGAGCUCUUCAUUUCUGCACAGAACUUGUAAAUAUUGGAUUGUUAUCAGUAACACACACGGUUUUAUUUACCUCGCAGCAAUUUGGCAGUCACUGCUGAAAGAAAAAUGAAUUAGUGGCUGCAGUCUGGAAAUAGAAAAUAGAGUCGUUUAAGGAAAGUAGCCUAUUGCCCAUCAACACUGAUGCAUUCUGGAGAUACACGUAGUUACCUUUUAGGUGUAGAAGUAGCCUGGGAAUUGAUAUGUAUUAACAGUUGGUUUUGCUUAAGUUUUGACAUACUGUGACUUUUUCUUUUUUAACCUAGUGACAGAUUUUUAAGAGAUUAGGCCUAUUUUUCUCUUGUUGCAAAAAUAUUAACUUCAGUGAAGUUAGGCUAGGGUUGAGCUACCUGUUUGCUGUAGUCAUUUGUAACAUGUUCUUGAAUGUAAAGGCUGAGAAGAAUAUUGUUCUUCAGCUGUUUGAAUCAUUUUAUUAUUAUUACCUUAAAGUUGUCUUGAUCUGUUCAUAAUAUGUGCUAAGUUUUGCUUGGCUUCAGAGACACUGAAGAGCACUUGAGUUUGGUUAUGAGUGGAGUUACAGCCGAGGUCCUUGCUCUGGGGAUAUGUGAAGGGCUUUAUUCUCAUGGAUUAAAAGCUUGUAAAACUUGCAUGUUGCUUACAAAUAAUUGCUUACAAGAUGUUGGCAGUCAGGCAGAAUGUUGUUGCUCCCUAAAUGGAUGCUAGCUAUGUAUCAUAGGUCAGCUAGUUGCCUUUAUAAGGUGCACAGCUGUUGUCUCAGGUGAAUGAAGUCAAGUACCCAGCAUAUAUUGGUUUACUUAAUUUGUUAGAAAAUGCCUUAAACUUCACGCUGAUUCCUAGCACUCCAAGAGUGGUUCAGAGGAUAACACAGGUUGUCUGCAGGUUAGGAAGCACUGUUGCAUUGGCACUGAACAUCCAGCUCUUUGGCAGAAAGCAUCAUUCUAUAUUGCUUAUAGAUGUUAAAAUCAGUUUCACAGUUGGAGCCAAGAGCGUGGGCACUGAAAGUCCUGCCUGAGCUUUGUAAUCUACAACACAAAGAGAUACGUGUUGAAAUUGUUUUACAUGAGUAGGAGGAAACUCGCUUAUGUUUAAAAGUAUUUGAUGCUGAGAGGCUCAGCUGUAUCCACACACUUGGGUAAAUGCUCCGUCUAGUCAGUUGUUAAAGCGUCACUUCUCCAACAGUGUUUUAUUUAUUGAAGUGAAAUGUGGACCUUUAACAUAAACUCUAGAUUCUCUUCUAUCAUUUGGAGCUGUUUGCUUUCUCUUGCCUGUAGCCCAGUUUAGAAACUCAUUCCACACAGACGGAAUCUGCAACCUCCAGCUCCUGGAUAGAUUCCUUACCACAUUGGUUUCUCUGGCCUCUGCUGUGUGAGUUGACAGGAUGGUUUACCACCCUCUUGGAUUUAAAAAUCACAAAUAAAUACAGGUUCAAAGAUAAAGUCUUACCAGUUGUACUUGAGUUCCGUGUCUGCCUUUUUCCCAAGGCAGUAUAUGUUAUCACCAGCAUUGAAGUAACAAACACUGUUGUUCUAUAAGGAUAUGUAUGUUACCUCUUGUGUGUUAAAUAAAGGACUUUUAAUUUAU